AUGACCGUAAAAGGUGGCACCAGCCCUGCCUGCGCUGCAUGCAAAUAUCAGAGGAGAAAGUGCUCAUCAGACUGCGUUCUUGCUCCAUAUUUUCCUGCCAAUCAACACAAGUCCUUUCAAAAUGCGCAUCGGCUCUUUGGGGUGUCCAAGAUUGUGAAGAUACUCGAGCAGUUAAGCACUCUUGAACAGCAGGAAGAAGCCAUGAAAUCUAUUAAAUACGAGUCAGAUAUGAGGGAAAGAUACCCUGUUCACGGCUGUGCAGGGAUCGUCCACCACCUUCGUGAACAAUUACGAUUAGCCACGGAAGAACUUCACUAUGUUUAUGCACAACUUGCUGCCUAUCGCGAACAGAUUCCCAAUAAUCAACAACAGUUGGGCUGUUCUUCUUCGGAUUAUUCUUCUUCUCAUCAGCCUCAGUUACUCCACUCGGGCGGCAUGAUCAAUAACAGUUGCAGCACCACUCAAUCUAUCGAUGCUCUGCCGUUUUUCCAGCACCAUUCUGCUGGCAGUAUGCAUGAUUAUGAAAUGCCUUUUACGAUGGAUUAUUUUCUGGCAAAUGAAAAUUAUGCUGAUGAUGACGAGGGUGUUCGACACCGUGACUCCAAUGAUCAUGUGGCUAAACCUUUACUUGGAUCGGAGCCCGUCUAUACCAAUACGCCCCCCGACCCUUAUUGUGAUUUGAUAAGAAAUAACGUUAAUUCAGUAGUAGGUAAUCAACCUGAAGUUAUUGCCAAUUCAAAUCAGGUUUUUGGGAUUCAACCAGAGAUCAAAGUUUUUGAUCCGGACUAUGAAGACAUGCCGCCCUUCAAUGCAGUGGUGGACGACAGACAAUCAUAUGUUGAAACCAAGGAGGCCUGUGAAUCCAGCUCCGUGGAAUCAUCGUUCCGGGAUUUUCCACAACCGGUAGAACAGGAAUCAGAGAUGGAGAGUGAGUUACGGACUGCUGCGGCCUGCUUUAGCCUUACCAGCGUCAACUAA